AUGAGUGAAACUGAGACGAUAAAUUUGGUGGAUCAGGAAAUUAUUAAGGAGACUAAGAUAAGUGUACAUGUUCGACAUCAAAAGGACGAUAUAAUCCGGGCCCUGUCUGAUUACAAAGAUGUUUUUGCGUCAUCUUAUGAUGGCAUGCCUGGAUUAAGCACUGACAUGGUUGUUCAUAAGUUGCCAAUUGAUCCUAAUUUUCCUCCGAUAAUGCAGAAGUUAAGAAAACUCAAAACCGACAUGAGUUUAGCCAAUAUCGUACCUGUUCCUAAGAAAGACGGCAAAGUUCGAAUGUGUGUUGAUUAUCGUAAUUUGAAUAAGGAAAGUCCAAAAGAUGAUUUUCCUUUGCGUAACAUCCAUAUUUUAUUGGAUAGUUGUGCUAAACAUGAGGUUGCAUCUUUUGUGAAUUGUUAUGCGGGCUACCAUCAGAUUAUUAUGGAUGAUGAAGAUGCAGAAAAACAUCUUUUAUCACUCCAUGGGUCAAAUCAUGUGAAUGAUUUAAGGAGAUUCUUCGAAAGGCUCCGCAGGUAUAAUCUCAAGCUUAAUCCUGCAAAAUGUGUAUUUGGAGUAACAUCUAGGAAGCUUUUGGGGUUUAUAGUCAGUCCAAGAGGUAUCGAGUUGGAUCCUUCAAAAAUAAAAGCAAUUCAAGAAUUUCCACCUCCAAAGAACAAAACUGAGGUUAUGAGCCUUCUAGGAAAGUUAAACUACAUCGGCAGAUUCAUUGCUCAAAUCACAACAACUUGUGAGCCUAUCUUUAAGUUGUUGAAAAAGAAUUCCACAGUCGAGUGCACCGAAGAAUGUCGAGAAGCUUUUGAAAGAAUUAAGAACUACCUAUCGAAUCCCCCUGUGUUGGUUCCUCCCGAGCCGGGAAGACCUUUGAUAUUGUAUAUAUCAGUACUGGAUAAUUCUUUUGGUUGUGUACAGGGUCAGCAUGAUGACACUGGGAAGAAGGAGCGGGACAUUUAUUACCUCAGCAAGAAGUUUACCGUUUACGAAGCGAAGUACAGCCUUCUUGAAAGAACGUGUUGUGCCCUAACUUGGGUAGCACAGAAGUUGAAACAUUAUCUUUCAUCUUACACUAGUUAUCUCAUCUCUCGUAUGGAUCCAUUGAAAUAUAUUUUUCAAAAGCCCAUGCCCACAGGUAGGCUUGUGAAACAGCAAAUAUUGCUCACAGAGUUCGACAUUAUCUAUAUAACGCGGACCGCAAUGAAAGCUGAAGCAUUGGCAGAUCAUUUGGUAGAGAACCCUAUUGAUAAAGAAUAUGAACCACUUAAAACCUAUUUUCCGGAUGAAGAAAUAUCUUGUAUCGAUGAAGUUAUUCACGAUAACGAUCAAGGGUGGAAAUUAUUCUUUGAUAGUGCCUCUAACAGGAAAGGAGUUGAAAUAGGAGUUGUUCUUAUGUCUGAAUCAGGGGAAUAUUACCUUAUAUCAGCCCAACUUAGAUUCUAUUGUACUAAUAAUAUGUCUGAGUAUGAAGCGUGCAUUUUGGGUCUGAGGUUAGCUGUUGACAUGGGCAUCCAAGAAUUGUUAGUGUUAGGAGACUCAGACUUACUAGUUCAUCAAAUUCAAGGAGAAUGGGAAACUCGAGACCCAAAGCUCAUACCAUAUCAACAUUGUUUACAAGGUCUUUGUCAACGAUUCGUGUCGAUGAAGUUUAGACACAUUCCCAGAAUGCACAAUGAGAUUGCAGAUGCAUUGGCCACUUUAUCUUCGAUGCUCCAACACCCUGAUGAUGCCCAUAUUGACCCUUUAUACAUACAAAUUCGUGAUCAACAUGCUUGUUGCAACAUGAUUGAGGAGGAAUUUGAUGGUAAGCCUUGGUUUCUUGCUAUCAAAACAUAUGUUCAGUCUAGAGAAUGUUCGUCAGAUGUGACUAGUAAUCAAAAAAGGACUAUUCGACGACUAGCCAGGGUUUUUUUCUUAAGGGGAGGCAUACUGUACAAGAAGACACCCGAUUUAGGUCUUCUAAGGUGUGUAAAUGCUCAAGAGGCUUCUAGCAUCAUGAUUGAAGUACACUGA